AUGCGCUUCUACAUUGCCCUUGGACUUGCUGCUAUGGCCAUGGCCGCGGCCACAGGCGAGCGGGUAGGAUCUGACAUGGCCCCCCCGAGGAGCCUGAAUACGACUACUACCGUUAAUAGCACAACUACCGUUAAUGGCACAACUACCGUUAAUGGCACAACUACCGUUAAUGGCACAACUACCGAUGAUGGCAUUCUUUUUGAUGAUGAAGCUCCUUUCGACGAUGAAACUCCUGAUGAGGAAACUCCUGAUGACGACACUCCUGAUGACGACACUCCUGAUGACGACACCGAUAACGAUGAAGACUACAGUGCAAUGUUAUCAUGCUACUGGGUCGGUACUCCUCCUGACUGCACAGGCACCUGCAGACCAGGCUACAUAGUGGUCGGCAGAACUCGUAACGGCAGCACUGCGGAAGCGUAUACACUCGCAAAAGUCAAGAUUCAUAUCGGUAGUCCAGAGCAUCCCAUUGGAGCUAUUGCAGGAGUGGUCUGA